CAUUGCACAUGCGUGCGUUCACGAUAACUUCCGAUUAGUUUUGUUUGUGUUCACCGUCUUGAAUAAUAAAAUAAUAAAUUUCUUCGUGUAGAUUUUGUCUAAAACGUCUAAAAAUGCCUAAAGUAAGACGAAGCAAAAAAUCUCCACCAGAAGGUUGGGAAUUAAUUGAACCUACAUUAGAAGAAUUGGAGCAAAAAAUGCGCGAAGCUCAAACUGAACCUCAUGAAGGAAAAAGAAAGCACGAAUCGUUGUGGCCGAUUUUUAAAGUGCAUCAUCAAAAAUCACGAUACAUUUAUGAUUUAUUUUAUAGAAGAAAAGCUAUAAGUCGAGAACUCUAUGAAUAUUGUCUAAAUGAAAAGAUAGCCGAUCCAAAUUUAAUUGCAAAAUGGAAAAAAGUUGGUUAUGAAAAUCUUUGUUGUUUGCGAUGUAUACAAACAAGGGACACGAGUUUUGGUACAAAUUGCAUUUGUCGAGUACCAAAAGGUAAAUUAGAAGAAGGAAGAAUUGUCGAAUGUAUUCAUUGUGGUUGCAGAGGAUGUUCCGGUUGAUUAUUUAAAGAAAAAAAUUAAUUAGCUUUUAUAAUAUUAAAAAUAAACUACAUGUACAUAAAUAUUUAACAGUAGUAGCAUUGUAAGUUAAUUGUAAAAAAAAAAAUUGUAUUUUUACAAUCUCAAAUUUAAAACGAAAAAAAAAUCAACAAAAUUGUUGACAAUUUUCUACAAAAUUUGUUAUCAAAACAAAUACUUGUUCGCUAAUAAAAAGUCAAAAUUAUUAUUGACACUUGUAUCUAUUUACGAAAAUAAAAAUAAUAUUGGAAAUUAAAAA